AUGGUGGCGACCAGGAGAGGCACGCGGGUAGAUCCUCAGGAGGAGUUGGAAGGCAGCGGCGACGAGGAGCAGACUGCAGUGGAACCUGCUACAGUGUCUUCUCCAAAGCGGACACAAAGAACAGUUAAGAGUGACUCUUCAGCACAGAACAGUGCUAGGAAUAGUCAAGAUCAGGAAGACAACUCUACAGUAACAACUGGCAUCCCCUCCAAGAAUGAUUCUAGAAAGGGUCCGUCUCAGGUGUUCACUCGCUGUAGACAUAGGAGUGGUCAAUCAGAUGCAGAUGUCUCAGAAGCAGAAUCUAAUACAUCCACUUCUUCCACAAGAGUUACACGAAGUAGACAAAUUCUUGGAAGCAUAACAGACUCUGCUAGGAAACUGAGGAGUCACUUAUCUACUGUUAUAACUGAGCCUAUCUUGGAGUCUAAAGAAGAUGAGGAAUUAUCAGACGCUGAAUCAAACUACUCUGUUUCUACAAGGGCUAGCAGGAGGACACGCGCAAGUGCUGCACGCUCAACUAGAGCAAGAAGUAGGAAGUCUGCUUUGCUUACUGAACCUGAUCAUUCUGAUGCCGAAUCAAACUGCUCUUCUGUUUCAGAGUUGCAAAAUACUGCCAUCAGAUCUAGAAGAACAUCUGAAGCAACCCGUCCACUCUCCACUAAUAGUGAAUCUCAGAAAGAAGAAAUAUCUGAAGCAGAGUCUUGCAGUUCAGAAUUUGUUUCGCAAACACAGGCCAGACGUUUCAGUAGGAGAAUUCAGAGUAAAUCACAGGCAGGUGUUGCUAAGAGUGUCAGUGAAACUAGCAGUCAAGAGCAAGAUUCGCCACGAAAACAAAGAUAUAGUUUACGUGGAGUAAAAGUUAUACAGCCUUUGUCCUCUUUGCAAGAGCAGAACAUCUUGUCCACUUCUCGUAGGAGUUUGAGAAAUCGCAUUGUAAGUGAAUGCAGUGAUGUUAUAGUACUUUCAGACAGUGGCUCUCAGAGUAAGGGGUCCUCAGACAAAGUUGCACUUGUGGACCAAGCAAAAGAUGGAGAAUCUUUGGAAAAACAAAAACCUAACUUGUCUGUAGAAGAGAGUUCAAUACUGGAUCAAAAAUUACCUGAAACAUCAACAAAUGAUGCAGCAGAUGAAACUAUUGAUCUUACAGAAGAGAUGGAUGAGCCGCAACUUGAAGAGAAAGAUCAAGGCAAAGCUGGGGAUGAUGUCAGCAGUGAGAGAGCUGAUAUUACAAAUGAAGAUUUUUCAAAUCUAAAUACAGAGACCCAAAGUGGACCAUCUAAUAUCGCUGAACCUGUGGAAAUAUCUUUGCUGCUUGAUAGUGAUGAAGAAUCAGACAACAGUGAGGAAGAAACUGAUACAGAAAUGGUGAAUGAUGAGGACCAGGAAGAACUAGAAGAGAACCAUGAAGAUCUUGUGAAAACAAAAAAGCUCGAAAAAACUUCAACUGAGCAAUUGCAAGAUGUGGUAGACAAUGGACUUUUUAUUAUUGAUACGACUCCAGGGCUGGACUCCAGUAAAAAAUAUUAUGUAGACGACAAAGCAUUUGAGAGAGAGCAAAGUGAAAAGGAGGAAUUGUCUGAGUCUGAGGAGGAGCUACCUGAGCCUGAUGAGGAGGAGGAAGAUUUUAUGGAUGAAGAGGUGGAUGAUGGUGUUAAUGAAGAAGAAGAAUUAUUAAACAGACCUAAGAGAGGCUUUGAAUUGUCUACAAGUAUUGACACAGGACUGAAUAUUAAGGAGCUGGGUGGCUUAUAUAUUAACUUUGAUGCAGAAAAGCCAAAUCCUGGUUCAAGCCUGCAAAACAGAAUGAAAAAAGAAAGUAAAAAGAAAGAUGAGCUUCUAAAGAAAAGUAUAAUAACUCCUGACUUUGAGAAGAGAGAAUCUGCCCCUCCCUAUAGAGAGUCUUUGAGAAAGCUGAAAAAACAGAGAAAAGCGGAACGUGAGAAAUCAACUGGACAGGGCUGGUUUGACAUGAAGGCUCCAGAAUUGACAGAAGAACUGAAGAAUGAUCUAAAGGCUUUGAAAAUGAGAUCAGCCAUGGACCCCAAACGCUUCUACAAAAAGAAUGAUAGAGAGGGCUUCCCAAAAUAUUUCCAGGUUGGAACUGUGGUGGACAAUCCCUUAGACUAUUACCAUUCUCGAAUUCCCAAAAAGCAGCGAAAGAGGACAAUUGUGGAGGAACUUCUUGUGGAUUCUGAGUUCAGAAGAUACAAUAAAAAGAAGUACCAGGAGAUCAUGGCAGAAAAGGCUGCCCAUGCUGAAGGCAAGAAGAACCGUAAAAAGAAGAAAUUCCGGACAUAA